AUGGUAAGCACAAUAUAUGACAUUGCUUUUAAACCAGAUGGAACAGAAUUAAUAGCAGCAGCUGAUAAUAAAGUAUUAGUAUAUGAUGGUAGUGACGGCACUUUAUUAAAAUCUCUUAAAGGACAUAAAGAUUGUGUAUAUGCUGUUACUUAUUCAUUUACAGGUGAAUUAUUUGCUAGUGGAUCUGCUGACAAAGCUGUUAUUAUAUGGAAUGACUCACAUGAGGGUACAUUAAAAUAUUCACAUAAUGAAUCAGUUCAAUGUCUUGCAUUUAAUCCAUUCUCAAAUACACUUUUAAGUUGUUCAGUUAAUGAUUUUGGAUUAUGGCAAGAUACAAAUAAAAAUGUUAGUAAAUAUAAAGUUUAUAGUAGAUGUUGUACAUGUGCAUGGAAUAGUACUGGUGAAAUUUUUGCUAUUGGUAUGUUUGAUGGAAGUGUUAGUAUUAGAUCAGAAACAGAUGGUGAAUUGUUACAUUCAAUUAUAAGACCAGGUGGAGAACCUGUUUGGGCAUUAACAUUUGCCUCACCUCGUAUAGAUUAUACUACUCAAUCAUCAAAAGGUAAAAUAAAUUAUGGACCAAUACAUUAUCCUGGUGAGAUGUUAGUUGUAACUGAUUGGGCAAAAACAAUAUCAUUUUAUAAUUUAGAAGGACAAAUUGUUCCACCUAAUGAAAAAAAUAUUGAUUUUGAUGUAUUUUCAAUAGCAUAUAUGAAUAAUGGAAAUUUUCUUAUAGCAGGUGGUAUUAAUAAAAAUAUAUUAUUAUAUACAAGAGAAGGUACAUGUUUAGGAUGUGUUGCUAUAAUGGAUAGUUGGGUAACUGUUAUUAAAGUUAAACCAAAAUCAAAUACAAUUGUUGUUGGUUGUGUUGAUGGUGGUAUAGCAUGUUAUCAAUUAAUGUUUUCAACAGUUCAUGGUUUACAUAAAGAUAAAUAUGCUUAUCGUCUUAAUAUGACUGAUGUUAUUAUACAACAUUUAAAUAAACAAAUUAAUACAAGAAUUAAUUGUGGUGAUUUAGUUAAAAAAGUUGCUGUAUAUAAUAAUAAACUUGCUAUACAAUUAUCUGAUAAAAUAAAUAUUUAUAAUCAAGUAUCUGGUGAUAAAGAUAAUGAACCUCUUGAUUAUCGUUUAGUUGAAAGAAUUAAUCAAAAUUUUGAAUGUUCAUUAUUAGUUAUAUGUUCAGAACAUCUUAUAUUAUGUCAAGAAAAACGUUUACAAUGUUAUGAUUUUAAAGGUAUCCGUCAAAGAGAAUGGAUAAUGGAUUCAUUAAUAAGAUAUAUAAAAGUUAUUGGUGGUCCAUCUGGUAGAGAAGCAAUAUUAUUAGGUUUAAGAAAUGGUUUUAUAUGUAAAAUAUUUGUUGAUAAUCCAUUUCCUGUAAUAGUAUAUCAACUUAAAAAUGCUGUAAGAUGUUUAGAUAUAUCACAAGAAAAGAAAAAAUUAGCUAUUGUUGAUGAGAAUGGUGUAUGUACAACUGUAUCAUUAUUAACAAAAGAAAUUCUUUUUUCUGAACCAAAUAGUUCAAGUGUUGCAUAUAAUACAGAUAAUGAAAAUUUAUUAUGUUAUAGUGGUAAUAAUAUAUUAAAUGUUAAAGCACUUAAUUUUACUCCUAAUACACAAAAAAUGCAAGGAUUUGUUGUUGGUUUUAGUGGUAAAAAAGUUUUUUCAUUACAUUUAUAUCAAAUGUCAACAAUUGAAGUACCAUUAACAAAUCAUAUGUAUCAAUAUUUAGAAAAACAUAUGUAUAAAGAAGCAUAUGAUAUAGCAAUAUUAGGUGUUACAGAAAAUGAUUGGAAUAUUUUAGGUAAUGAUGCAUUAGAAAAUUUUGAUUUUGAAAUUGCUAAAAAAUCAUUUUCUAAAAUAAAAGAUUGUCGUUCAUUAAUGUUAUUAUAUGAAGCUGAAGAUAUGUUUAAUAAAGGAUUAUCAAAACCACAAAUACUUGGUUAUAUUCUUUCACAUCAAGGUCGUUUUAGAGAUGCAGCAACAUUAUAUCAACAAAAUGAUCUUGAAAUUAAUGCAUUAGAUAUGUUUUCAGAAUUAAGAAUGUUUGAUGAAGCACAAGAAUAUAUGUUAAAAACUUCUGUUGGUACACAAAAAGCUAUUUUAAGAAAAAAAGCUGAAUGGGCUGAAUUAUCUAAUAAUAUGGCUAUAGCAGCUAAAAUGCUUGUUGAUUCAGAAGAUUAUGAAAAAGCAAUACAAAUUAUGAUAGAUAAUGAUUGGUUAGAUAUGGUUAUACAAACAUUAAGAAAAAUUAAUAAAGGUAAUACAGAAUUAUUAAGAACAAUUGGAUAUUAUUUAAUAAAAAAAGAAGAAUUUAAUGUUGCUUCAACUAUUUUUACAUCAAUUAAUGAUGUAAGAAGUCUUCUUAAUAUGCAUAUUGCAGCAAGACAAUGGGAUGAUGUAUUUGCUAUUUGUAAUAAUAAUCCACAAUAUAUGGAUAUUGUUUAUUUACCAUAUGCUAGAUGGUUAGCAGAAGAAGGUCGUUUUGAUGAAGCACAAGAAGCAUAUAAAAAAAGUGGUAAUAUAUCAGAAGCAUUUAGUGUACUUAAUUGUUUAGUAAAAAAUUCUAUAAAUGAAAAAAGAUAUAUGGAUUCAUCAUAUUAUUAUUGGAAAUUAGCAACAACAUAUCUUUUAAAAUCACAAACAUCAUUAAAAUAUAUUGAUAAAUUUUAUGAAUCACUUAAAUAUUCUGAAAUAUAUUAUGCUUAUAAUAUUGUUUAUAAAUGUUCAAUAGAACCAUUUACUUCAAUAAGAAAAGAUAAUUUAUUUAAUAUUUUACGAUAUUUAAUUUUAAAUAUUAAUGAUACUCCUAAUAUUUCACGAAUUCAAAUAUUACUUGCAUUUACAGAAUUAUGUAAAGAAUUUAAAGCUUACAAGACAGCCAGACUAGCAUUAGAUCAAUUAACCCAGUUAAAUUAUCCAAUAUAUUUUGAAUCACAAAUACAUUAUUCACUUAUUGAUAUUCGAGUUACUCCAUUUACAGAUAAUGAAGAUUUAUUACCAUUGUGUUUUAAAUGUGGCCUCCAUAAUCCAUUGUUAGGAAAAAAAAAUUGUACACAAUGUAAUACAGAAUUUUUAUAUUCUUUUUAUAGUUUUGAAAUAUUACCAUUAGUAGAAGUAAAGAUAGACAGUAAUAUAACAGAUGAGGAGGCAAUUGAAUUAAUAUCAAAAGAAACAGGUGAUGGCGAUAUAAAUACAUCAUCAAUUAUUCAUAGUCAUGAUCCGACAAAGAAUAUUAUUUUAUCAAGAGAUCAACUAUUACAAUUAGAUAAUACAAAUUGUUUUAUUCAAAAAUGGCCGAAACCAUUAAAAUAUAGAUAUUAUUUAAAUGUAUUACAGGAUAUUAAUAUAUCAUAUUGUGAUGAAUGUUUUAAAUUUUUUUUACUUGAUGACUAUGAAGAAGCAAUUUUUGAAAAUGAUUGUUGUCCUUUUUGUAGAAAAAAAAUUAUUUACCCACAAGAUGCUGAUAAAAUUAUAUAA